AUUGGUUGAGUAAGCAUCAACCCAAGUGUGUACAAUGAGACAUGCGUGUGUUAGUUUAGCAUGACUGCAUAACGAGUUCAAACACUGGGGUCUGGAAAGCUCACUUGAUCAUCGAGCACACUGCACUUUUCACCCAAGUAUCAACAGAAGAAGAUGAUGUUCAACUCUUGACAAGUGGAAUUAUUAACAGUAUUUAUGAUUCCAGCAUUACAUUCUUUCAACAGCUAAAGGAAAAUCAUUUCUUUAAGUUAAGCCUGGAAAUUGUUUGAAUCUCUAAGGAUAUAUACUGUGGGUAAAGGAAGGAAGCAGAUACCAGCAACAGCCAGUUGUCUUCUUUUAUGGAACCAUAAAGACUUGUGGGAGAGGUAACCAGCAGCCAGGUGUUAAUUUAAUGUUUGGAUUGUAAAUCUCUUCAGCAAGGACAUGUUGGAUCAGACUAUCUUCUGAUCAAGAACUGCUUCCUAAUUCAAGGCUGGAAAGCUCUCUCAUCACAUUCCUCCAUCAAGUCGACGACAUCGCUGAGGAGGAAUCCGCAUCAACUGUGGAAUCUACACCAAUUAAUAUGCGGCAUUGGAUGACAUCAAUUAGAACAGCUUUUUAAUCCAUCUCAAACGAUCUUCUGUGGGAACAGAUCCGACAGUUGAAACCACCUGGAUCUUACUUUGUAGGCGAGGGAAAGCUUAUCGUUGUAGAAAUCUGAUUGAAUUUAUUAUUUGCCAAGAGUACUUUUUCAUAUAAUUUGCAGUGUUUUGAGAUUGGAUACUAGGGAUCCAGUCUUUAUUUUGUCUACCUUUGGAUACUUAUAAACUUAUCUUUACAAUGGAGUCAAGAAUGUCUUUGAACUCAGCGCUAUUCCUGUUCCUUAUCAGUAUUUUCGCAACAAGGAGUACUACCCUUGCAGAACAAGGAUGUGCAGACGGUACAGCAGAGGGCCUCGUCGGUAAAGACCGUUUAGCCGCUUGCUCGGGGAAGUGGCAGGGACACAUCGGCAAUGCCAGCCACCUCUGUGCUCCUGGCUGGGGGGUGUGCAGCUGGGAGCAAGCCAAUCUGCUCGGCACUCUCACGUGGACGGAGUCCGUCUCCAUCGAGGGAUGCUUCGCCUACAAUGCGGCACACGACAGGGGAGAAUGCGGGCCGUGUAAAGACACGCUGGAGCAGGAUGACUUAGGAGGUAUUGGAAAACACUGUCCACAUCAGAACAAGGGUCAGUCAUCCUGCAUAGCAUCAGGGAGGAUCGACGCAAGCUGCUGUCUUGAUUCACACUUUGAAAGAGCGUGCCACUAUCGACCCGGGUUGAUGACUGGCGUCGUCUGCUGUAAGCUACCAGAAAUUCCGCCCGUCAUCCACAAACGGUUUCCAGCAGAGAUAGCAGUCAGUUUAGGCCACAACGUAACGCUGAACUGCCCUGCUUCGGGGAAUCCCCCUCCUAAGAUCAAGUGGCUCAAGAAUGGUGACUUUCUCCUUCAAGAUCACUAUGGAAGGAUCAUCAUCACACAAGAUACGCUUGUCAUUCACAAGACGUUGCUGUCGGACAGUGCGGAGUACUCCUGCAUCGCCUCCAACACGGUGGGAUAUGCCAAAGAAGAUGUUAGGGUGAAAGUUUCUGAAAAAGCAAUAAAGAAGGACAUCGGCUGCAAAGACGGGACAAUAGAGGGCCUCUAUCACAUGCAGAGCAUCGCAGCGUGCAGUGGGGCCUGGAAGGGUCACGUCAGGAAGGGGAAGGCCUUGUGCGCCCAUGGCUGGCGGGUAUGCAAUCAUGAAGAUGUGGAUUCGCUCAAGCACAUUUCAUGGCUGGAUGCAACAGGAAUGAACGGGUGCUACGCAUACAAUGCAGCCAACAAUGAUGGUGUCUGCACAAGUUGUACGGGUGAACCUGGCCACGACAUCAUGGGCGGGGUCGGCAGGCACUGUUCUAAGAGGCGACAGAGGCACGACUCCUGCCUGGGGGAGGGGCGUAUUGAUGUCUUCCCCUCUCACAGGGAGUCCAUCUAUGAGAUGCUGGACAGGUGCUCCUUCCAAGAGGGCCUGCUCUCUGGUGUACUGUGCUGUAGGAUACCCAAUAAGCAUGACAGGAAGAAGGGAGGAGCAGUCGGAGGAGGAGGUGGAGCAACGCAAACAAAUGCCCUUUGUGAUUCAGAGUGUAUGAACGGCGGCCGCUGCAUAGGAGCAAACAGGUGCUGGUGUCCUGAAGGCUACAAGGGCGCCCUCUGCCACAUCCCUGUCUGCGAUCCAGAGUGUCCUGUAGGUAGCGAUUGUGUGAGACCAGGGGUCUGCGAAUGCCUGCCUGGUAAAGAAGGAAGGAAAUGCAGAAGAGAAGAAAAGUCAAGAGGAAGAGAAGUAGAGGUCUCAAGAAAACCAUCAUUUGGUUGCAAGAGGUUAUGUAGGAAUGGUGGAUUAUGUCACCUAGGAAGAUGCUUCUGUCCUGCUUACACAAGAGGGAAAUACUGCCAAAGAACAUUGAAACUAUCACCUGGCGCUACAUACACAGAUCAUUGGGAGCCCAUUCUGCGAAUGAUGAAUGGAUUCUAGAACCUGUUGAACCAUUGACCUGCAGGAACCUAACCACAGGACCUCACUCUUUGGUGCAGAUCAGAACUGUUAAUGACUUAAAGUGAUCAUUGCGGAUAGAGCAAUCAGCUUGAAGCUGUCAAAAACUAUGUAGCGACAAUUAACCAGUUGGUUACUGGAAACGGAGGCUCCCCAUACAAAGCAUAUGGGAAUUAUGGAAGUUGGUAGUCGAUGGGUUAACCAACUGCCCUUGGAGAAGAUUCCAGGGGAUAGUACAGGACUUGGAAAAUGUUGAUCACCAAGGAGAUAUUCCAGUUAAAUUAUUGAAUCCUGAUGAAACAAACUUUGGCAAGCUGAUCGUGCCAGUUGCAUUGACCUGCCUGUAAAUUGAUGUAAAUUUAACAAAAAAACAUUGUUCCUUAAUAAGAUGUUAUGGACCGAUUCCUGGAUCCAAUUGGAGUAAAAUUCAUUCAGGAAUGGAAUAACAUGUUGAGUCGUUUCCGUGGAAAUAGGAGCCAUAUCAUGUGUAUUGUCUGAUUGAUUGACCUUCUGAAAAGUUAAAUUAAAUCUUCCCUAAAAUGCCCUUCCGCUGCUGCUAUCCCCCCCCCCCCCCAUCUCGGGAACAGUUUUAAUACCUUAUACAAAGUAUAUUAAUAUUUCCAUACCAUUUUGAUAUAAUAUCUUCAAACCAAGUUGAACUUUGACCACACAUGUAUGGAGUGCCAAUUUAUUCACCAAGUAUAGAUUACUUCAUUAUUGCAAUGGAAAAGGUCUACACAAAACUUGCUUCAUGAUGAAAUGGAGGAGAAAAGUGAAAUAUUAUCCCUGAAAAGAUCAAUUAAGGAUAACACAUGGUAAUAAAAAGCACUAGAUUAAAAAUGGUUGUAAGUGAUGUAUGUUAUCGCUGUGACUUUAUCACAGCUACCCUAAUCAGGUUCUUGAGCAUUCAAGGAUUUCCACCUGACCAGGUCCCAAUUUACUACCCUUGGGAGGAGAGUGGCAAAGGCACCUUUCGAAAGGACCUGAGUGCUGCAAUGGGAUUUGAACCCCAUACCUCGAGCUUAAGUCUGCAGAUUUAUCCACUGAUCCACAACUCAUCUUCCUUUAAUUAAUAUUUUUUUUCAUGAAUAUUCAACAAGAAAGAUGAAACUUAGCAUUCCAUAGAAA